AUGGCUUCUCUAACUUCAACACUCUUCCCCUACCGCACUGCCCCUCUCCCCCCCGUGCCGCUCUUCCUCGCACCAGUAGACCCUGUCAAGCCUCUCGAGGUAGCUGCCAACUCUGGUGCUGCUAGGGGUGCUGCGUCUGGGGGUGCUGAGCCUGAGCGUGUGGAGCCGGGGGGUGCUGAGCCUGAGCGUGCGCAGCCUGGGGGUGCUGAGCUUGGGGUUGCUGAGUAUGAGGGUGCGAAGCCUGGGGGUGCUGAGCUUGGGGGUGCUAAGCCUGAGCGUGCGGAGCCUAGGGGUGCUGAGCUUGGGGGUGCUGAGCCUGAGCGUGCUACGCCUGGAGCCUUCAGCGUGACGCUGCUAGAGCUGGGGGGGCUGCCGCUGGAGAUCCUGGAGCUGGAGGCGCUGGAGCUGGAGGUACCGGAGGUGCUGGAGCUGCUGGUCCUGGAGGUGCUGGAGGUACUGGAGGUUCUCCGGGUGCCUCGUCCCGGCGGGAGCCUCUCUCUCCACCGCAGCUGCGCAAGUGGUUUGCUCGGCGUUGGAGUCUUCAGAGUGCCGCUGCUGGAGCUGGGGGGCCUUCCGCUGGAGGAGGUACUGGAGCUGCUGGACCUGGUGGUGCUGCAGGUGCUGGAGCUGCUAGAGCUGGAGCUGCUGGAGGCAUUAGAGCUGGAGCUGCUGGAGGUGCUGGAGCCGCUAGUCCCGGAGGUGCUCAAACUAGAGGUACUGGAGCUGCUGGAGCUGGAGGUGCUGUAG